CCUCCGUGUCGAAACCUCUUAAUUCCAUUCAGGACCACCUCUCUUUCCAGUAUUAGAGAGUUUGUUGAGCAAAAAGUGGAGGAGUAGAAUUCAGGCAAUCCUCUCUUUCAUGCGAAGACAACUCGGAUUCUAGGGUUAUGGUUUCCGAUUAUUCUCUUUAAUCUCCAAAUUCGAAUCCCAGAAGCCACUGAUUACUAAUCCCCUGUUACUCUCAUCGUCUCCGGAUCUUUAACCGACUGAUCGUUUUUUUUUUUUGAAUUUCACAAACAUGAUCCUGAUUUUCUCGAUGAAUCACUUGAAGAUUUAUUGCGCGUUCUUCUUGUAACUUAUCAUAGGUUUUGUUUGUCAAUUCCGCGGGUAAAUUAGGUUUUCUGUUAUUGGUGUAAAAAUUUGUUUCCUUUUUCGUUGAUCUCCUUUUUUGCAUAUAAUUGCGGUGAUUUGGGAGAUUACGUAUAAUUGGGUUUUUCUUUUUUGAUUCUUCUGUUUUGAGUUGGGGCUAUGUAUAUUGAGGAAUUGAAGGGAGGGGAGAGUGAUUGUAAGGAAGAUCAGGCUUCUGCUCAUAAGGAUGAGGGCUUUAACAGCAGAAGUAUCCUUCCCUCCGGUACGAAAAGGGUGUUGAUUGGAGCGGGAGCUCGCGCUCUGUUUUACCCCACUCUCCUUUACAAUGUUGUCAGAAAUAAGAUACAAGCUGAGUUUCGUUGGUGGGAUAGAGUCCACGAGUUUGUACUGUUGGGCGCUGUUCCAUUCCCUACUGAUGUUCCUCGCCUAAAGGAGCUCAAUGUUCAUGGAGUUAUCACACUGAAUGAGCCUUACGAAACAUUGGUUCCAACGUCACUAUAUCAUGCUCAUGGCAUUGACCACUUGGUGAUCCCUACUAGAGAUUACUGCUUUGCACCAUCCCUUAGUGAUAUAUGCAAAGCUGUUGAUUUUAUUUUCAAAAAUGAAUCAUCUGGGCAGUUGACUUAUGUCCAUUGUAAAGCUGGUCGGGGGCGCAGUACAACUGUUGUCCUAUGUUAUUUGGUCAAACACAAGCAAAUGACUCCUGAGGGUGCAUAUCAGUUUGUGAGGUCAAUACGGCCGAGGGUGCUUUUGGCAUCAUCCCAGUGGCAGGCUGUUCAGGAAUAUUACCAUCUUAUGGUGAAGAUUGGAUGUCUGCACAGCACAAUAUCUGAUAUUAUUCUGAAAACCCCACCGGCAGCAGCAUCUUCGCAGGAUAUUGUUGCAUUUGAUGAUGGCUCUGUUGUCGUUAUAACAGAAGCAGAUCUUGAUGGUUAUAACCCGUGUAUGGGAUCAGGUGUCAUGGGAAGCGAGAUAUGGACGGACUUGAGCGUGAUUUACCGUGUUAGAGUUGUUGGUAAGGCAGCCAUUACUGGGAUCUCCUGCCUGUGGCUUCGCUGCUGCACCCACCAAAAGAUUUCCCAGGAGAAACUAGAUUCAGAUACCAGUUGCUCAAUGAGUGCUGAUCGCCUUGGAGGUAUUAGUGUGGACAUCCAUGUAUACUGAGAAGGCAAAUAAUUACUUCAAAGGUGCUUGACAAGUUUUUCCCUCAGCUUGUUCUUAUCAUUGUAAAAAUUCGAAUAAAUGUUGUGGCUAGCAGAACUCAAAGCUCUUCACUCAAUCCUUUGUAAAUGAAGUUGUUUUCUAUCUUGAAUCUCAAUGGAAGAAAUGUGAGUUUUAUCUGGCAAA